AUGGAUCAAAAUAUUCCGAUCCGCGCCCCACCCACAGCACCGACCAACAGGAGAAACUUGACCUUCCAAGAUGUGCAUGUGUCAGGCGUCAUCACAAUCAUUCUGGAAGUGGCAUUGUUGAUAGAAAACCUUCUCCCCCUGUUAGUGAUUCUUUGGUGGAAGAGACCAGGAGAGAGAACUGUGUGCGACAAACUUAUUACAGCUCUGUGUGUGACGUUCAUAUUUUCAGCGCUCGUUCCAGCACCGCUUGGAUUAGUUUCGUAUUUUUAUGGGAGUUGGUACGGCGGGAAGGGAACUUGCGAGUGUUAUCAAGUGACGUCUACUUGGUGUACAUUAUCUUCAAUGGCGCUGGUCACCUACAUGUGUAUAGAUCGCCACCAGACAUUGUGUCCUUGCCCUAGCUGCAAGAACUCGGAAGACUGUCGAGAAAACGUUGGAAUUGUGGUUAUGUUGAUCUACACGGUGACCUUGGCCAUAGCAACGUUACCCGUCAUAGGCUUGGGUCCUGAAAUAAUGAAAGGAAACACAACGUGUGACUCAUGGAUAGUACUUACGCCUUCUUCCGGACGUCGACAGUGGUAUUUUAUUUCGUUUUUGAUAUUUGGGUUCCUCAACAUACUUUUAUCGACGUGUUCAAGUAUUUUCAUUUUCGUGUUGCUGCACAAACCGGAUUUAGCUGACAGGAUGAAAAAGACACGGAUCCCCGUAGAAGAAGGCGUUUCUCAGUUGCUACGUCAUCAACGUCCGGAAGAAAAUACGUCAUGGAUGAUAGUAUCGCUCGUGCUCCUCGUGCAGCUCACGUGGAUCCCAUUGUUGAUCAUGAUAACAUUUCAGAAGGCAGGCGUGGACGUCAGCGAGGCCGCCAUGAUGUAUGGGCUGCUUGCUACGUCACUUCCGGGUUUGCUGAACCCUCUGCUGUACGGUCUGCUAUUGGACAGUUACAGAGAGGGAUACAAGAAGAUCAUUCUCAAAAUAUGUGUGUGUUGUAGGCCCAAGGCGCCAGAGACUCAAGAACUUAAAGGUGUGGCGUCAUCACGCGGGCUCUUGACGUCAGAGAGGAAGAGACUUACAAAAGUAAGCAUACGUGAUUAUACGAACUCCCAAUCCGGACCUUCCGGAUCACACAAUCCUAUGUUUGACACGGACUCUGUCACAGAGCUGGUUGGACAACCUGACUCCGAGGAUGGCUUGACAUGUGACCCUGACUAUGACGAAUACUAUGAAGACAUUACCCAAGCUAACUGUGCCCAGUGUGACGUCCAUGAUGAGCUGUAUCAGUCAGGUGGAAGACUUGUCACCAGCGAGGUCAUGAUGACGUCAACCGGAAGUAGUGAUUCGUUCAUGGAUUCAGAGGACUUAGAACACCAUAUAAUGGACGAAAGUGUAAUUUAAGACACACGUCCCUAUUCUGAUACUGCCUGCUAUAUUAAAAGAAUUUUGUAAAAUAUCAGUUUUUUUCUUUCUUAGAUGUGUUUUAUGGACAUUGCAAUUUGUUGAUAAUAUUACUUAUAUUGAUAUAGUGGCUCCUUUGGGGGAUAUAGAAAUCUUUUGAUUUGUCAUAUGUAGAUGGUGAAGAGUUCACCCUUUGAUUAUUUGAGCUAGUAAGUGAAACAGAAAUUCUUUGUAAAUUUGAGCAAAUAAGAAAGGUUAAAUUGAAACCGUUUGUUCAGUUGUCCAAAGAAGAAAUAGUUCAGCCAACGAGAGAUCUAUUGUGACAAGAUAUUCAGUAAUGACGCAUUAAGAGAUAUGACGCACAGGAGAUAUUCUGUUA